AUGUCGGGCAAGUGUGUAGGCAUCGUCCGCGAGGUAUACAACAAAUGGGAGCGUCGAGCGCCGCUCACACCCGCACACGUUAAGGAGCUAGUGGCGCGUGGCGUGCAGGUGCUGGUUCAGCCGUCCACGGCACGCGUCUUCUCAGACGACCAGUAUGUUCGCGCCGGAGCCACACUGUCCGAGAAUUUGGCGCCGGCGAAUGUCAUUGUGGGGGUCAAGCAGGUGCCCGAGCCGGCACUGCUGGCGGACAAGACGUACCUCUUCUUCAGUCAUACCAUCAAAGCGCAGCCCGAGAACAUGGCGCUGCUGGACGCCGUGCUACAGCGUCGCGUCACGCUAAUCGACUACGAAUGUAUCACAGAGGAGAGUGGUAAGCGUCUCAUUGCCUUCGGCGGAAAUGCCGGUCGUGCAGGAAUGAUUGCGGGCUUCCGAGGUCUCGGAGAACGUCUCAUCAACAUGGGAAUCUCCUCGCCCUUCGUCAACAUCGCGUCCUCCUACAUGUACGCAGACUUAGAGCACGCUAAAGACGCAGUGGAAGCUGCAGGUAGAAGGAUUCGAACAGAUGGUCUGCCGGGUGACUUGGCGCCAAUGACAUUCGCCUUUACUGGCAAUGGCAAUGUGUCUAAAGGAGCUCAGGAGAUCUUCAAGCUCAUGCCGCACGAGAUGGUGCAUCCUUCGGAACUACCAAAGCUGCCAAAAAACAAUCGUAUUCUCUACGGUACAGUCAUCGACGAUCCGGCCUACUUUGUUAAGCCUCAGCCGGGUUUCACGGGUGAGACUACGAGAGCUCACUACUACCAGAAUCCACACCAAUACGAAGCUGCUUUCCAUGAAAAAGUGUUGCCAUACACCUCAAUGCUCGUCAACUGUAUGUACUGGGACGACCGUUUUCCAAGAUUGGCCACGCGAGAGCAGAUUCGUGAGCUUCGCAAGUCUGGGAACCACAAAUUGCUCGGGAUCGCUGAUAUCUCGUGCGAUAUCGGCGGAAGUAUCGAGUUUCUGGAGCGUGCUACUGAAAUUGAGCGUCCGUUCGCUCUGUACGACGUUGUUGAAGAUAAAAUGCGCGAAGAUGGAGACAGCCGAGGCCUCGAAGGAGACGACGGCAUUAUGAUGAUGGGUGUCGAUAUCUUACCGAGUGAACUGGCACGCGAGUCGAGUCAGCAGUUCGGUGACCGCUUGGUCGGAUACGUCACGGCGCUGUCGAGUGCUUCUUCGUCCAACGUUCCUCUACAUGAACAGAAAGAGCUGCCUGCUGAGCUACGUGGAGCUUGUAUCGCCAGCAAUGGUGUGCUUGCACCUAAAUACGAGUAUAUCCACCGUAUGCGAGCCGAGCGCGAGCGCAGCAAGCAGUACAAGUUCUUGGAUGCUCAACAACAGGUCGCUGGGAGUACGUGCGUUCUACUGGAGGGGCACCUGUUUGAUACCGGACUUAUUAACCAGGUACUCAACCUCAUUGAAGACCAUGAUGGGGGUUUCCACCUUCUAGACUGCGAAGUACGCCCAAAUGUUGGAGUCGGGGACAGUGGUGACAGCACCAGUUCGAACGCCAUCGUGCAGAUUAGUAUGAGUGACCGUGAAGCGCUGGAUGCUAUCAUCACCAAGAUCCGCUCCUUAGCUGAGCUUACUUCUGGUGCGAAGGCUACGGUCACAGAACUACCCGAUCUGUGCGGCACAGACUACUCCAAGACGCGAGGUGUCGUGAGAAAAGAUGCAGCAGCCAAUACUAUGGCUGAAGUAUCGGUCUCCAGCCCGAAGAAGCGGAAGGUUGUGUGUUUUGGCGCUGGAUUGGUGGCGUCACCACUUGUGGAGUAUCUAUCAAGAGAGCAAGGAAACGAAGUUCAUGUGGUGUCGGGUAUUGAGAGGGAAGUAAAGGAGAUGAUGCGCAAAAUCUCUCGUCGAAACAUCAAGCCUCACGUAGUGAACGUCGCUGAAGAUGCUGCUGGAGUCGACAAACUUUGCGCUGAAGCCGAUUGCGUUGUGUCGCUACUGCCAGCGACCAUGCACACGACAAUUGCUCAGCGCUGCAUUCAGCAUGCGACUCCUCUCGUGACGGCUAGCUAUGUGUCACCAGAAAUGAAGGAGCUGGACGCUAGGGCAAAGAAGGCAGGUAUUCCGAUCCUCUGUGAGAUUGGUCUCGACCCUGGUAUGGAUCACAUGAGUGCCAUGAAAGUCAUUGAUGAAGUGAAGGCCCUCUCCGGGAAGGUCAUGACCUUCUCGUCUGUCUGUGGCGGCUUGCCAGCUCCUGAAGCAGCGGACAACGCCAUUGGUUACAAGUUCAGUUGGAGUCCGCGUGGUGUGCUCACGGCGGCACUGAAUGCAGCCCAGUACCGCAAAGACGGCAAAGUCAUCAACGUGGCAGGUGAAGACUUACUCAAUAGAAGCGAACGCGUAAACUUCUUGCCGGCGUUCAACAUCGAGCAGAUCCCGAACCGUAAUUCGCUUCCUUACGGCGAUAUCUAUGGCAUCCCAGAGGCACACUCGCUGUAUCGUGGAACUCUGCGAUACGGUGGAUGCUGUCAAAUUCUGUACCAGCUACGCAAGCUUGGCCUCUUUGACAUGGACCCAUCCAAACCCAUUCCAGCGACUUGGCCGGAUCUUCUGACGCAGUUGGGUGGUUUCCAAGGUCUUCGCGAAGACGCCCAUGGGUUCCUUCAGUGGCUUGGUGCCUUUGAUAAAUCAAAUCCUGUGGUUAAAGCCCCGUCCAUCCUUGACGCUUUCUGCGCUCUCCUGCAAGAUAAGUUGUCGUACCAACCAGGAGAACGCGACAUGGCCAUCAUGCAUCAUGAGUUCGGCAUCGAGUACGAGGAUGGCAAGAAGGAAAAGCGUACGUCAACAUUCGUGGGCUACGGGUCCGAGAAGGGCGACACGAUCAUGGCUAAAACGGUUGGAUUAAGUGCUGCUAUCGGCGUCCAGUUGAUCUUGCAGGACGCAGUUCAAGGUCGUGGUGUGCUUACCCCCACAACCCCCGACAUCUACGGUCCUGCACUGGCCCGUCUCGAGGUCGAAGGUGUGCGCUUCAUUGAAAAAACAUUCCCACAGCAUUAAUCGGUGGAAAUGAAGGGCGUCUAGGUGUCGAUAUCUCAAAGAACCGUUGCCGGUCUACCAUCGAAUGAAGCUCGCUGCUGAGUGCCUUCACGCAAACCUUGCGGUGCAAUGUACUUUUGAGAGACCCCGUCAGACGACAGAUAGAGUCGUGAUAGAGCUUUCGGACGGGAACUAGCGUAACUCGUCUUGAUCUGCCGACCACC